CCAUGACUAUCCACCAAGGAAGCACUGAAAACUAUUCCAAAAUUGGCUCGGGAUUUUGUGGCACCGUUUGGGCCAUAGGCCUUGACGGCCCUGCAAUCAAAAGAGAAGAUGGAGGCCCAUCUCGAUCGCUCGCGAACGAUUUCACAAUGCACCAACGCGCGAUCGACGCGUUUCGCAAACUAUCAUCCACCAAAUCUUGUCGCGAUCGCCCCAGUGUACGCAUUCCGCAAUGUCACCGCUUCAUAUCCUCCGACGACACGGCCUGGUGGACGAAGAAUCUCCCGUUCUUUCCUCAUCGAUACUCGUCCUGCAACGCUAUCUCCUCCGAGCGUAUCCCCCCUUUCCCCGACGAUACAAGAGCUCUGUUGGUGGGGAAAUACUGCCACUUCUUUCCCGAACUCCGCCCACAAAUCAUGACAAGCACAAGCAAUCAGGCCUGUCUGAUAAGGCCGUAUAUCGGCCGCCAGCGCACCUACGGAACCGCAAUGAAUGUGCGCUCCAGAUUCCGAGGCUUCUCUCUACAGAACUUUCCGUUGCAUAUUGACCAGAUGGCGGAGCUAGGAAUACCGUCCGACGAUAUUGAAUGCUACGCGGCGAUGAUGGGAGAAGCUUUGGCUGCACUGCACUGGCUUGCCGAAAUUGACGCCAAUGACGUGGAAUUCGUUCUAGCUCCAUUGCCCGUUACGGAGAAAUGCCACAAUAACAUUACUCCGACGGCAAUGACGAAUGUAUUAGGGAAGCACACUAUGUGGACUCUGGACUUUGAUCUGUGUCGCCCUCUCACCAUGGACUUCGAGGGUGUCAGGAACGCUGUCAACGCAUUUUUCAAGAAUGAUCCAUUUACUCCACGGCCCAAGACAAAUUACUGGACGGCAUUCUGCAGUCAGUAUUUACGGACUGCCAAAAACGUGAUAUGUUCAUUUCAUGGAGACGAAGUGAAUGUAGAAGAUCGACUCGCUCUCUCUACCCACUUCAUUGAAUCUGUAGAGCAGCGAAAAUGAAUUACGCUGUCGGCAGUGAAUGAAGAGCACUUACUAACUCUUCUCAUUCUAACCUUCCCUCUGCAUAUCUCUUUUCUUUAUUUCCUUUCUCUACCAAAAAGCAUUCUCAAGUAUCUCGAUUGCCCAGAUUCUCUUGCAACAUGGCAACUGCAAAGAGAAUGAGCGAACAGAAACCUGAUUGACAAGCUACUUGGUGGAUGCAAUGCAACAGAGCCUCUGGCUGGAGGAUGAGUUGCAAAGACAGGAGUACGAGACUCCCCAAACUCGACUUCGAAGGCUUCUUUGCACAAAUCAGCGAUAUCAACAUUGUCCUCUCAUGCGGAACGCGAGCAAGCCGCGGUUCGCCGCAGAACGCUCCCCCGAGCAAGAAUGUUAUCGAGACCUUUCUUACCUCCCAGAC